AUGAAGCUCUUCAAAUAUCUGACUGUCGCCUCAGUCGUCCAAGGUGGCGCGAUGUUCGCCGCCAACGAGGACGAGCGAAAUUGCAUGCGCGACUGCAAAAACGCCCGAGACUGCCGAGGAGAGUCCGCGACUGAUGACAACGACAGUCCAGCCGAGUGCGUCAUCCAGUGCCGAAAAGAAUGUCUCCCAAGAAAGGACCUUCUCAGAUCCCACUUUGCUCCCGACAAACGACAACAUCACGCCGACAAAAAGCAUCAGCGAAAAAUCGAGCGAAUUUCCGAACGAAUUCUCAGAAAACAAGCCAAUCCUCCUCCAUUGAUGAAAAGCAUCAACCAAAUGAUCGAAGAUGGCGAAAUUCCCGCCCGAUUUGGCGACUGUCUUGAGCGAGAAAAGGAUGCUCUUGAAUGCGCCGGACAAGGCAAAGAGUUCUGGCCAUGCAAACGGGAGAUGAUCCAGAACUGCCUCGAGCAAUACGGCUUCUUCGAGAACCUGAACAACGAGGAAGUCGCCGAGCUUUUGAAGGACAUUGAGACCAAUGCUGAGAAUAUGGUUGAAGCUCUUGCCGAAAUCGAAGCCGAGGGUGCCAUGCAAAUGGACGCCGUCGAAGAAGAUCCAGAAGAAAAACUCCAGAUGCUCCACGACUCCAUCAAGGAAAAUGGCCGAGCUGAGGAUAAGGUUGAUCUUUCCGCGGCCCUGGAGAAGAUCAAAUACAGACCGAGCUUCGAAACCCGACCUGAGGAAGCAGAAGAGGAAGAGGAAGAGGAAGAGGAGGAACCAGAAUAUGAAGAAGAAGAAGAGGAGGAGGAAGAAGAAGAGGGAAAUGUAAUGCUUGGUGAUAUUGGAUUCGACCAGCAGUUCUUCGGCCGAGAAUAUGAAGAGGAGGAGGAAGAAGAAGAAGCUGCUGAAAUUCCUCGAGUUCUCAAAGAAGAGCCAGAGCAAAAAGUCGAGGCCGUCUUCUCCAUCCGGUCAAAGAACAACAACGGUCGCCCAGACAACUCCCCCGUCAUCAAGCACAAGCACCAAUUCUACGCCGCCAUCGCCGAUAAUCUCACUCAAGACGAGCUUGUCAAUGCCAUGUGCUCGUGCAGAACUUCUAUGGAGCCGUUCAGAAUCAACAAUUAUUUGAAAAAACACGGAAUGGCCAUCGAAUGGCACCAUCAUGAGGAUACUUGCAAAUGGUGCGUCUUCUCCAAAUCAAAGAAGUGCUCCAACUGCAUCAAAUACUGGGAAAACCAGGAAGGCACCGAUGCCCAAGUUAUUUCCAACAACUGUGAAACCUUCAAAGAAGCCCUCAGAAACCCCAAGAUCGACUUCUCGAUGCCAAAACCUGACCCUUGCCCAAUGAAGAACCUCCACAAUGGUAAGUUCAACGAGUACCAGAAGGAAGGCGAAUUCGCUGCGAACUACGAGUCCUUCAAGCAGCUCUACAAAAAUGGCGGAAACAUGCCCAAGCCAGCGCAUUAA